CCAAACGAGGAAGAAACAGCUUCGGAUCCCAAGGUCGUCGAUUUUGAUAGACGACUGAAACAACGGCGAACAUGGAUCCCAAGGCUCUGGUCCAAGAAGGCUAUGAUAAUAUAGCCCCACGAUAUCUGGAGUGGACCUCGGGUAGCUCGUCUCCUAGGAUGCCGUAUCUCCAGAAACUACUGAAAUGCCUCCCCGCCCGGUCCAAGGUUUUGGAGCUGGGCUGCGGGGCAGGCAAACAAACGCGAGUGCUUUCGGAACACUGCGAGGUCACCGCAAACGAUGUUUCCGCAGCGCAAAUCCAGCUUGCCCGACAGCACGCGCCGGAUGCAGUUUUGAUCCAGGGCGACAUGAUGGAGUUGACAUUUCCUCCGGACACAUUUCAUGCCGUCGUGGCCCUGUAUUCGAUCAUCCACCUGCCGCGAAGCGAGCAAGCUCUCCUGCUGAAACGAACUGCAGAGUGGUUAGAGGAGGGUGGGUAUCUCCUGAUGAACCUGGGUACCCGGGACGAUCCUGGCACGGUGGCAUCAUGGCUGGAUGGAUGUCGCAUGUACUGGAGCGGCUUUGAUGCGGCGACGAACCGCGAGAUGGUGCGCCUUGCGGGGUUCGAGCUCGUUGAAGAGGAAAUCACACAGGAAGUGGAGGAUGGAGUCGUGGUGCCUUUUCUGUGGAUGCUCGCAAAGAAGAAAGGGAGAAGGGAGAAAAGGGCCGGGUAAGGAUUGACGAGCGAGAGACGGUGUGGCAGGAGGUACAAAUAAGCUUCCACGCAAGGAAGAAGGCAAAAAAAAUAAGGAAAAUAAGAUAAGAUACAUAGAUCAACGGA